AUGGAUGUGAUGGCAGCUCCUGGUCUGCCCUGGUGUCUGUCCCUCCUUGUCCUCUUCCUGCCCCUGGCCAUCCCUCAGGCAUCCACAGCAGUGAACGACCCCUCCAAGCUCGCGUGCUUCUACAACUCAAAAGCCAACAUCUCCUGUGUCUGGAGCUGGGAUGGGGACCUACAGGCCACAUCCUGUAGGAUCCACGCUAAGCCGGAUCAACGGUCUUGGAACAAAUCCUGUGAGCUGCUUCCGAUGGGAUCGGCCUCCUGGGCCUGUUACCUGAUCCUUGGAUCCCCAGAUGUGAGUAGUGGGAGCUGAGAAGAGAGCCCGUGGGGAGGGCACUUUCCAAGCACCAGCAGGUUAUAUCCAUUCUUAAGGGUUCGCCUGAUGGCCCCCGACUCCCUCCAAGUCACCCACGUAGGGACCCACAGAUGCAACGUAACUUGGAAAGUCCGCCAGUCCUCCCACUACAUUGAAAGAUACCUGGAGUUUGAGGCCCGGAAAAGGUCCCCAGGCCACAGCUGGGAGGAGGCCUCCCUGCUGACCCUCGCGCAGAACCAGCAAUGGAUUUGCCUGGAGACCCUCACUCCAGACACCCAGUAUGAACUUCAAGUGCGGGUCAGGCCCCAGCUGGGCAAAAACGAGGCUUGGAGCCCCUGGAGCCAGCCCCUGGCCUUCAGGACGAGGCCCGCAGCCCCAGGGAAGGAGGCUGUGCCCUUUCCUUGGCUGGGCCGCAUCAUCAUGGGCAUCAGCAGUGUCUUUGGCUUCAUCAUCUCGGUCUACUUGCUGGCCAACUGCCGGUACAUCGGGCCGUGGCUGAAGAAGGUUCUGAAAUGUCACAUCCCAGAUCCCUCAGGAUUCUUCUCCCAGCUGAAGUCAGUGCAUGGAGGAGAUUUCCAGCAGAAGUGGCUCGCCUCUCCCUUCCCCUCGUCGUCCUUCAGCCCCGACACGCCGGCACCCGAGAUCUCCCCGCUGGAGGUGCUGGACGGGGACGCUAAGGCCACACAGUUGCUCCUGCUACAGCAGGAGAAGGUGCCCUCCUCGUCCUCAGCCGAGACCAGCGGCCACUCGCUGACCAGCUGCUUCACCAAUCAGGGCUAUUUCUUCUUCCACCUCCCGGACGCUCUGGAGAUCGAGGCCUGCCAGGUGUACUUCACCUAUGACCCCUGCACGGAAGAGCCCGAUGAGGCCGGGCCCGGGGUGCCUGCGGGGUCUCUCCUGCCACCCCUGCUGCCUCCGCCCGGGGAGGAAGACGCCUACUGCACCUUCCUCCUCGGCGGCCCGGGCCCCCCAAACACGGCCCCGGGGGGCACUGGAGCUCAUGACAAGAAGCUGGCCCCCUCCCUGCAGGAGGGAGCUCCCAGAGACUGGGCCCCCCGGCCCCCGAUGUCUCCCCCGCCAGGGGCACCUGAGCCGGUGGACAUCCAGCCACCCCUGGAGGGCUCCGUGGAAGGGGCAAGAGAGGAGGGCCCGGGCCCUGGCCCUGGCCCUGGCCCUGGCCCUGGGGAGGGGGUCAGGGUCAGCUUCCCCUGGGCCAGCCCUCCUGGGCAAGGCCAGCUCAGAGCCCCUGCCUCCUGCCUGACCCUGAACACCGAUGCCUACCUGUCCCUCCAGGAGCUGCAGGAUCAGGACCCAGCUCGCUCGGGGUAG